AUGUGCAAAUGUCUAGUCGAUGGUUGUUGUGCGGUUUGCUGUUUUGUUGCUGUUCAUUCGGAUGCUCACUGUUUCCUGUUGUCUGCCUUAAUAGAAGAGUCAGUUAUCCGAUUAGCUUUACUUUUUGUUUAUUAUGAAACAGUGACGGCGGUCGAGAAGACGUUGGAUCACGAGAACAUAUGUCUCUAUCAUAAACUUGGACUUCAUUGGCGCCUGGUGAAACGACCAGUGGACGGUUCACGUUUAACGGAAUAUGUACUGGAACUUCAAACUCUUCCUAAGGUUCAAUUAAUGUUGCCGGAUUGA